GCCUUUUUUUUUUUGUUUUGUUUUGUUUAAUUUUUUUUUUUAUAAGUCCUAUUGCAUGAAGCAAUAUCAUUUCAUACAGCUUAUAAUUAAUUAAUUAAUCAUAUAGCUUUCUUGUUGUAUUAGAUUAAGUGAUUAACUAAUCAAAUACAUUAAAGUUAAAACAUUGCCUUAUAUACUAAUACUAAUACAUCUACUCCCUUUAGUUCAAUCACUCCAACUAAUCAUACCUCUUUCAUAUUUUCCACCCUUCAAAUAUAAACCAAAAAAACAUACAAUUAUAAGGUAUGAAAAUCAUCCCGCCUGAAAAAUCAUGCAAAAAAUCCAAUUAUUUUUUCUGUGCAAUGAAUGAACCAAACCCACUUCGUAGAAGUAAAAAAAUAGCCAAAUGUUUCAAAGAAAUGCCAUUUAUAGAUGACCAAGAACAUGUUUUGGUGUUAAGCAGUCUUUGGAACUUAGCCAUGAACCAACCAAAUGAUCCAGAAUUUCCUUCCCUUGGGAUUUUCCAAUGCAUGUCCAACUUUAUUCUUAAAGGUCUUAAUCAUAAAGAUUGGCUUCUUAAAGAUCAAAACAUCUAUAUACCCUAUUAUGCAGCUCAUAUAAUAGGGUCAUACACUAUGAACCAGCCUAAAUUUGCAGAAAAAGCAGCAAAUUCUGGUGUAACUCCUCCUCUGUUGGAGCUUCUAAGAGGUAAAAUCAGUUGGGUUGAGCAACGUGUAGCGGUUCGUGCACUUGGGCAUCUUGCAAGCCAUGAUAAGUCAUUCAAGAAGCUCAAAGAUUAUGAAGGGGAGAUAGUUAAAUUGUCCAUGAAGAUAGCUUCUAGUUGCUUAGAAGUUGUAUAUGACAGUUUUGUCAGAAAAGCAGAAUCAGAAAGGUUGAAGUAUCAGUGUGAUUUGCUCACAAGAGGAGUUGGAGGGUUCGAGUUUGAAAAUCGAAAGGCGGAAGAAUGGGCUAGUCAGCUGCAGUGCUGGUGUCUUUCUCUGCUAGACUGCUUUGUAAAGAGAGAAAGAGGCAUAAAUCUGAUAUGCUGCAAUCAGAGUUUUCUGAAAGAUUUAAGUGUGAUGUGGGGUGGUUUAGCUAAAAAGAAAUCUCCUGCAGGUAUUGGUCUUAUAAGAAGUUUGUGUCAUUCAAAAACUGGAAGACUUAGUGUUGCAAGUUCAAAAGAAGUCAUUUUAAGCCUUUGCAAUACAAGCCGAUCCUCGGAUGAUUGGCAGUACAUGGCUAUUGAAUCCCUGUUGCUAAUGCUCAAGGACUCGGAUACACGGUACAAAGUAAUAGAUCAUACAGUUCUUUAUCUUAAGGAUUUGGUAGAAAUUAGGAGUGUUAAGGGGAGAAAAAAGGUUGGGGAGAUGAUUACACAGGUUUUGUUGCAAGAUUAUGGGAAGAUUAAGUAUGGUCAGUUGAGAUUAAGUGAAGAAGCUGAAAAGGCAUUGGAAGAAGUAUGGGAUGUUAAAGUUGACAAGAGGAAAAGAGAGAAAUUGUUAGGUGAUGAUGAGAUUAAAGAGAGGAAAUUUUUGGCAACCCAAAUGAAGAAAGAAGGGAAUAAGUUAUUUUGGGAAGGGGAUAUUGAAGGAGGUUUGUGCAAGUAUACAAAGGCCUUGGAUUUGUGCCCUUUAAAGUAUAGAAAAGAGAGGAUUGUUUUGUUUAGUAAUCGAGCUCAAUGUUAUUUGCUCCUUAAAAGGCCAGAAAAUGUAAUUAGUGAUACAACAAAGGCGAUAUGCUUGUCGAGUAGAGGUAACAACAACAACAACAAUCCACAUAGCAAAAGCCUUUGGAGGAGAUCACAAGCUUAUGAUAUGUUAGGAUUCGCUAAGGAAAGUUUGAUGGAUUGUUUAUUGUUCAUUCAUUGCAAUAAGAAUUCUAAGUCCAAUGGAAGGAAGCGUUACAAUGUCCCAUAUUAUGCAGCUCGUUUGAUAAGUAAACAGACUCGCGCUAUUUGGCUCUUCACUGGUCUUGAUUCUGCUUCUCAGUGUGAUCAUCUUGAAGAAAUAAUUCAAGAAUCAGAUGAUGGUAAGUAGCUAAGAUAUAUUUUGUUUUGUUUUGUUUUGUUUUGGGGACAGGUUAGCUAAGAGCAAGUUAAUAAUAGCCAUAUGUUUAUGGAAUUUUGUUGAUUUUGGUCGAAAAGAUGGUGCAUUUGAUUCAUUAGGUAUAAUGGGUUCAAUAAUUGGACUUUAUAAUAUUAAUUUAGCAAAGUGGAUUUUUUUGUUCCUAAUCUAUGUAAUUCCAAAUUAUCCCUGCUUUUCUAGCUCUUUUUGUUGUUUUUUUAUUGAUAGUAUUCUGCUGUAAUAAAUUUGUGAGAUUUCUAGUCUUGUAGAUUAGACAUUCCUGUUGAAAGGUCAAAAGUGCGAAUAGAGCUGUCGAUUCGGGUAAAUGGGUCGGGUUUGGGUCGGAUAAGAGUAGGUCCGGUAAACUCGGGUCGGGUCAAUUCGGAUUAAUUUCAUAAUCAA